CGAGUAAUGCAUGCAAUUCGAUUAUACUUAAUCGAAAUCUGAUGGCUCGAUCGCCCCUCACCUUGAUGUUUGAUUCCCUUCGCCAAGUAAAUAUCAUACUAAAUAUUCAUGAUCAUCAGAAAGUACGGAUCGAAAUACAGUAGACACAGUAUUAAUAAACCCCUGACCCCAACCUCACCUCACUCGCUAAGCCUUCCCCAGAACUCUAUUCUAUUCCCCAAGACCCCAAACCUCAUCUCCUUAACCUUCUCCUCCAUAUUCAACAAUUAAACCAUGCCAGCCGAACCUCACAAAUACAUAUACGACCACAUCCAAAAACCCUACGACUAUAUCCGCACCGCGAGCAUCGCGCUCAUCGAGCGCGAAAAUAUUCACACCACCAUCACCCCUCACAUCCGCGGAGCGCGCAUUCUCGAUCUAGCAUGCGGCUCUGGUUUCUACACCUCGAGUUUCGUACCUUGGGGCGCGGCCUCCGUUCUCGGCGUUGAUAUUUCUCCUGUCAUGAUUGAUCGGGCGCGACAACAUUCACGAUUUGAGGAGGAUUCCGGAUCCAUCUCGUUUAUUCACGCGGAUUGUUCGAUUCCGCGGAAAUAUGAGGGAGGGCCGUUUGAUAUUGUUUUUGCGGCGUGGCUUCUUAAUUAUGCCCCUGAUCGCGAGAAUUUGGUGAGUAUGUUUAGGAACGUGGAGAUGAAUUUGAAAGAGGGGGGGAGAUUUAUAGCGGUUACUUUACCACCGUCCUCGAAUCCUGUCGAGUCUAUUAAUGCGGAGGCGAGGCUUAGACCGGGGAGUCUGGGUGGGAGUGGAUAUUUGGUUUAUAGAUAUGUGAGCGAUUUGAGGGAUGGGAUUCUUUUUCAUGCGCAUGGUGAUACGCCGGUGGGGGAUCUGGAUUUUGAGUGUUUUUAUUUGAGGAGGGAGGUUUAUGAGGAGGCGGCUAGGGAGGCGGGUUUAAAGGGGUCUUUGGAGUGGGGGGUUACGAGGGUGCCGGAGAGUUAUUUGAAGGGGAGGGAGGGUGGUGCGAGUUUGAGGGAGUUGGUUAGUUAUGGGCAGGUUCCUGGUUAUGGCGUUUUGGUUAUUGAGAAGUAGGCAGUUGUGGGAGCGAGGGAGGUGGUCGAAAAGAAUUGAUCAUUUUCUUUCAGUCUAUGUGUAUGUGCUUUUUGGAUAUCAAUAGCGGUAUACCAAAAGACUAUUACGGGUCUCGCCUAUCAUUUAGUCGAUGUCUAACUCUAAUAUCAUUGCGUGGACCCCUUUACCCCAAUGAAUAAAUCAUAUCCGAACAAUGCUAAGUAAGGAUCACUGAUGCGGGAAUUUGGCAAUGGUCAUUGCGGUAGAGGUUUUGUCGGUAUACCAGUUUAGGUAAAUUAGGAAACUUAUUGGGAUAUAUAUGGAAAUUGCUGAUUCAGUUGAGGAUGGAUCGCGCAGCGGUUUUAGAGUGUGUUAGAGGUGAGAAAUGAAGAUUUUAGAUUGGGUUUCAUCAUCAAAACGUCCGUGUUGAACACGGUUAUUAGGAUGGAUAUGUUUUCUCGGGGUAUGGGAUUUGUAGCUGUUUAUUGUCUCAGAAGACUUGUGUUGAAUCUGCAUUGUUGCGAGGGCCGGAAAUACCUCCACGUG